GAUUCAUGAAGUCAUAGAGCAGCGUCUUGUAGUUCAUAAGGCAAAAGGCGAUUCAUUCCAAGGUGUAAAUAAUAUGGGAAAAACCAAGUUAUGUGUGCCGGAGGACGGAGUCGGCGAAGCUACAUUGCAGAAAAACCUCGAUUGGGCAUGCGAUCAAGGUAUCAGUUGCGGUCGGAUUCAAUCCGAUGUCGUUUGCGCCGAACCGGCCACCGUUAGGUCUCCCACGACGAUCGCCGUGAGUCAUUACCAUAGGAGGAAAGGAGGCAUUGAGAACGCCUGCGAUUUUAGAAGCACUGCUCAGACCACCACCAAGGAUCCAAGUUAUGGAAAAUGCAAAUAUGUUUGAAGAAUUGGAUGAGGAAAGAUUAGCUAUGAGUGAAGGUUUUACUUCGCUCGAAAAAGAAUGCUAAAGAAUAUCAAUUUUGUCUAAAAUUAUUAGA